CGGGCGCAAAAUGCCGUGAGCGGCGCCCGGUUGGCCAGGGGUGAGGAGGAGGAGGACGAGAGGAAGAAGAGGAGGCGGCGGAGGAAGAGCAGGAGGAAGAGCGCGCCCGCCUGCCCGGUGCUCGUCCCAUGCUCCGUCGGCGCCGGCGGGCGGCCCUUUCCUUCCCCUCUCCCCUCAUGCGGGGCCCGGGCCGGGGCCGCGCCCGAGUCGUCCCUUCGCGCCAUGGCCAGGAAAACAGUUAGCAGGAAGCGGAGAGCGGCCGCCCCCGCCGCGGGGCCCGGCGGAGAGCAGUAUGGUUGGGAUCACUCGGUCCACAAAAGGAAGCGGCUCCCUCCAGUUAAAAGGUCUCUGGUAUGCUACUUGAAAGGAAGAGAGGUGCGGAUGCAGAAUGAGUCCAGCUACCACCGGCUCUUGCAUGGGUACGCAGCCCAGCAACUGCCUAGUCUCCUGAAGGAGCGAGAAUUCCACCUCGGGACCCUGAAUAAAGUGUUUGCAUCUCAGUGGCUGAAUCAUCGGCAAGUGGUGUGUGGGACAAAAUGCAACACAUUGUUCGUGGUCGAUGUCCAGACUGGUCAAAUUACCAAGAUCCCCAUUCUGAAGGAUCGGGAACCGGACAUGGUCAAUCAGCAGGGCUGCGGGAUUCACGCCAUUGAGCUGAACCCUUCAAGGACCCUCUUGGCUACUGGAGGCGACAACCCCAACAGCCUUGCCAUUUAUCGUCUGCCUACUCUCGAUCCUGUGUGUGUGGGAGACGAUGGACACAAAGAUUGGAUAUUUUCCAUUGCGUGGAUCAGUGACACCAUGGCUGUUUCUGGUUCCCGCGAUGGCUCCAUGGGGCUGUGGGAAGUGACCGACGAAGUCCUGGCCAAGAGCGAUGCUGGACACAACUUGUCCCGAGUCCCGGUUUAUGCUCACAUCACACACCGGGCUCUAAAGGACAUCCCCAAGGAGAAUACCAAUCCAGACAACUGCAAGGUCCGGGCUCUUGCCUUCAACCACAAGAACAAGGAGCUGGGAGCAGUGUCCCUGGAUGGGUACUUCCAUCUCUGGAAAGCAGAACAUACGCUAUCAAAGUUGCUCUCGACAAAAUUACCCUACUGUCGGGAGAAUGUGUGUCUAGCAUAUGGACAGGAGUGGUCUGUGUACGCAGUUGGGUCUCAGGCGCAUGUGUCUUUUCUGGACCCUCGGCAGCCUUCCCAUAAUGUGAAAUCUGUCUGUUCCAGGGAGCGAGGCAGUGGAAUUCGCUCUGUGAGCUUCUAUGAGCACAUAAUCACGGUGGGGACAGGGCAGGGCUCGCUGCUGUUCUACGACAUCCGAGCCCAGCGGUUCCUGGAUGAGAAGCCGCCACACAGUUGCUGCGGAUCGAAAUUGGGAGGAAGCGAAAUUCUCAAACUGUCAACUGGCAAAGGCUGGCUGAAUCAUGAUGAAACCUGGCGGAAUUACUUUUCAGACAUCAGCUUCUUCCCAAACGCUGUUUACACCCACUGCUACGACUCGUCUGGCACGAAACUCUUUGUGGCAGGAGGUCCCCUUCCAUCUGGACUCCAUGGGAAUUAUGCUGGUCUAUGGAGCUAAUAACUCUGUUUCUAAAUGAGGAUCUCUAGUGCGAUUUUUCUCUCCACCCCCACCCCACAUUUUCUUUCCUUUUUUUUCUAAACAAACAAAGGAAUUGUGUGAUGAUACUGCUUUCUUCUGGUUUUGAUGCAACUUGGGAUUAACUUAUCUCCCUUUUUCGUUUGGGGGGGACAAGGGGGAGCAUUGUGUUCCACUGGUCUCCCGGAGGUUUUGUAUAUUUUUGACAGUUUUUAAUUUUUAUUUAGCCUCCUUUGAUCUUUAUACAAUGGGAUUUGGCCCCCAUCCGUAAUUGCCUUUCCUAAAAACGGCUGAGUCUUUGCCCCGAGCUUAGGCUAACCAACCCGAUGCGUCCUCACCUUUGUUCCCCUUACUUUGCUGUGAGGUAGGAAUCCCCCGUUAGAUCGGCUGCUGCCGAGCUUUCUGUGAAAGCCCAGGGGCUGUGCGUCUGUACGUGAGUGUGUGCGUCUGUAUGUAUGUGUGUGCGCGCGCAUGUGUAUGUACGUACGUGCAGGUACUUUGUCAAUCACAUGAUUACCUGGAAUAAAAUCGACUUGUAAUUAAAAGGAGAAAAAAAUUAAAAAUAUUUAUAUAACGAGAUGCCACUGCUUCAUCCACAGCAACUCAGCUUGCAUCUGGCUUCACAUCAUUUUUAAAAGUACGAGUUUAACGAUGCCAUGCGAUCUCUUCAAUAGGUGAGGCCUCUGGUGCCUGUCCCUUUGAACCUUCCCCCGUCUCUGCCUUCUUUCCCACGUUCCUUCCUUCAAAGCUGCAUUGGAAGACUGGUGUGGAAGUAAGGGUGCAGGCUGACUCCCAGCAUGGAAUUAGUAUCUCAUGAGAAUGGGAUAUGUGUGAGAGAGAGAGUGGUACCAAAAGGCAGGAGGGGGGCUGUAUACAGGAGAGCCAAUGCAUGUGUGCCAAAGCAGGACUGGUGGGCUGGAUUGGUACUACAGCUGUGAGCUAGUGAGAAUCCUGCCCACUCCCCAGUAUUGAGAAAGUUGCCCUCAACUCUUUCCAUGGACACUUUCUACUGCAGCCUGUUUUUUGGCUACUUGUGCCAGAGGACAAAAGCCAUUAUCGGUGGAUUCGAUUUGCAGGAUCCAACCCGUUCUUCUGCAAGCUAACUAAAACAUCAAAACAUUUCACCUCUCCGUACUUGAACCUUACAUAAUUUCUGCCAGUUGUGCUCCUUAGCUGAAAUGUGGUUGUUGUUCUUUGCUGUGGAGAGUAAGGGAGUAGAAUGCCUUUGCAAAAGGCCCCAGAGAAGUAAUUUCACUCUUCCGACUAUACCGCACAAACUGCUGCAUCUUCCAAUGACCAACGAGUAACUGUAAAACUUUCAACAGCAAGCCGAUGUGCACCUUCAGAGGUCACGGCUCCUGAGGUUUGGAGUGAGAAUUGCUUGGGAAUUUGGGUGGCCUUUUGAAUUCACUGAAGGGAAAGCAAAGGCAUUUUAGGAGGAAACCCUAAUGUCUUUUCAGUAUGGGACUGCUUAGAAUUCUAGUAGUGUCAUUGACACACAGCAGACACCUUAUAUAGAAAUUCUGUAAUUCAAAAGAAAUUUCUGCCUUUGGCAUGCAAAACCCAGCGCAUGAUCCCAUUGAACUGCUUGUAGCAAUACCCAACCAGUGUGCAAAAGCAGUGUGUGUAGAGUGGGUGGCCUUUCAUGCACAGCAUGUCACAGUCCUAAGGCUGCCAACUGAUCAUAUAAUUGAUAGCAUGCUUCAGCCGAUGAGAGUCCCUGAAGGAACCUCUCAUUGUGAACAUGCACCUAUCACUUCUUGCGUGUGCCCUGUAAAACUAGUGAGUGGAAGAGUUCUAAGCUGGGCAUGGAGAGGAAGCACUCCGGCGGAACGGCCAUGUCAUGUCUGAAAUGCAGAGCGUUUCCCUUCCCUCUGCACUGCACCCCCGUGGAAUGGUUCUUCAUUCAGUUCCUUCCCGUUACAGGGUGUCUCUUUAACUGGGUGCUGUCUUAAGCCUCGUUAAACUUGUACUUUUAAACAACCUCCCUGUGCAUCCGGCUUUAGUUUUGCUGAUAGUCUCUCACAGUCUCAGGGUUACACGUCGCUAUGAUUUCAUCCAAAUAACACACAGGACCAAUCAGAGGUUAAUGUGCCUUUCUCCGAUGGUACCUUGAUCUUUGUAAAGCUGCCUGCAACAGGAUUUGCUGUUUGUCACUGUCUUUGAACUGGGUAUUUGUUUUGUCUUUUUCUAAAAAAAAAGAAAAAAAAGAUACAUUCUAAAACUGCAACCAACCUGUUCAUUGACUGUAACUUUUUUCCAUUUGAUGUUCAGGAGUGUGGUGUAUAAAAUCAAAUA